GGCCCUCCCACUCACCUCGUCCUCGGCCAGCUACCUGACCUCCCUCUCCAGCCCCUCUCUCCAGCGUGUCCCCCAGAGCGCAGCUGCAAGAUGGCCAUGAAAGACCUCCUGAAAGCUGAUGACAUCAAGAAAGCUCUUGAUGCAUUCAAAGGUGCAGACUCCUUUGACUAUAAGAAGUUCUUCAACAUGGUGGGCCUGAAGGCAAAGUCAGCUGAAGAUGUGAAAAAGGCUUUCAAAAUCCUGGAUGUGGACAACAGUGGAUUCAUUGAGGAGGAUGAGCUGAAACAUGUCUUGAAAGGGUUUUCCUCAGAAGGCAGGGAGCUCACCGAUAAAGAAACCAAGGCACUCCUGACAGCAGGUGACAAGGAUGGAGAUGGCAAGAUUGGCAUGGACGAGUUUGCAGCCUUGGUGCAUGAAUAGACGGCCCACCUCCUGCCUUGGCCAACUUGCGCUCCGCCCUCUCCCUGUCCUUUCCUCCCCAUCCCAGAACACUGCCCACCUCAUGACCCCCAUCCCGCACCCCCCUGGCUCAAACGUCCACUGAAGCUUGACUCUUUCCACUCCAGCAUAUUGGACUGGAAGCAACACAGCAGUGGGGGAGGAUGGUUGAGUAGGGGCACUCACAAACUCAGUAACCCUAUUUUUUUUCCAUUUUUUUUAAUAAAGAAUAAAUUGUAUAUGUUUCUGUUGUUUUGAAAUAUCAAACUAUUUCAUAUUAAGGACAUGUAGAUAUGUAAACAACUUCCAUCUCUUCUGUUUUGUUCAACCUUCUGCCUCUCUCCGUCACUUGCACACUCCUCCUCACCUUUCCUCCCCCAGUCCUUCUUCUGGUUAUGAGUGGCGACAUACUCAGAAAGAAUCAUUUGAGGUCAAGCCGUGAAGAGAGAAAAGAAAAAAAUUAAAAAUAAAACCAUGCCUUGACUAUA